AUAUUUAGAUCAAUUUUGCUCAUUAUAUUUUCAUUUUUUGUUUUGUUAAAAACUGCUUUGAAAUGUAUGCAUAAGCUGAAGGGGUCUCCAAAAAUAAUUGUAUUCCUUUUUUACUUCUUGUGUCUUUUGAGAGAGACUUCUGGUAUGUGCCCAGUUCGUUGUCAAUGCAAUGAUGAUGUUCUUAAAGUGGAUUGUGACUCUGCCAAUUUGGACGGUGUUCCCAUAACACUGAAUCCUGAGUUACAGGAAUUACGACUCAGUAACAACCUCAUCAAAACUAUUCGGACAUAUUUUAACGUUUAUCGUAAUUUAGAGUUUUUAGACUUAUCUAUUAAUCAUAUACAAACAUUAGAUAAUGAUAGUUUUGUUGAUCUCCGCCAUUUAAAAAUUAUUCUUUUAAAUCGUAAUAUGAUAACUACCCUUCAAAAUGAUACUUUCAAGGGUUUAGGUACUUUAGAAGUAUUGCAUUUAAAUGAAAAUUACUUGCAAGAACUAUCUGCUAAAGUUUUUGUGCAGUUAGAGAAUUUAGAAACCUUAGACCUCAGCCAAAACAGUAUAUCUAACAUUGAUCCAGAAGCAUUCUUUGGGUUAAAAAAACUGAAGACUUUAUUUUUACGUGAUAAUAAGUUAGCUAACAUUCCUAGCACUCCAUUCCAAUACCUUUCCAAAUUAAUCAAAUUGGAUUUGGGAUUUAAUCCUUUGCAAAACAUUCCGGACGGUGCUUUUUCAGUAUUAAAUUCUUUGCAAGAACUCUCUUUAGAUGGAUGUGGCAUUCGAAAUAUUCAUCUUGAAGCUUUUAAAUGGUUAAAUUCUCUUCUCAUACUUCGUAUUCAGGAUAAUGAUCUGUAUGAAGUACCAACAAAAGCGUUGUAUAAAGUUAUCCGUCUUGAAGAGCUAAAUAUUGGGCAAAAUAAAUUUCAAGAACUUAAAGCCAAGUCAUUUGAUAGACUAAAGUAUUUGCACACUAUUGAGAUUAAUGGUUGUCCUCUUCUAAACAAUAUUGAGAAAGAUACAUUUUCAGAAAAUACUAACCUAAAAACAAUUAUCAUUACCCAUAAUAAAGAGUUGAAACACCUUGAGGAUGGAACAUUUGACAAUCUACCAAAUAUCCAGUAUGUAAGUUUCCGCGGAAAUUCUUUUGAGUCAAUCCCGAAUAAUUUACUCUCGUGGGACGAACUGCAAGUGCUGGAUGUCCGAGAUAAUCCUCUUGUGUGCAACUGUAGUCUUUUUUGGUUGUGGAAACUUCUCGUGACAAAAAAUUUCUCAGCUAGUGAUGGUGAUACUACACAAGUAGUUUGUGCCAAUCCUCCGUCUUUGAAGGGUAAAGUCCUCUCUAAUUUGCCUCAUGAUGAUUUAGACUGUUAUAACAUAGAUGCUCAACGUCAACUGAUAAUUGGAUUGAUCGUUGCAGCAUCGAUUGCUGCUGCAAUAUUUGUUGUUUUGGGAUUCAGAUAUAGAGAUAAGUUGUCUGGAGUUCUUAAAACAAAAUGGGGUAGAAAGGAGCCACAAUAUCAGAAGACUUGUGCUGAAGAAGAAAGUACUAUUCUUCAAGCGGCUCAACAAUCUCUAAAAAUGACGCCUGUGACAGAGCUAAUCACCCCUGUAUACAUCAAUAAAAUAAUCACUCAUAACUUUUUGGUUAAACUCAUUAUUAGGGCUCAAAAAUUAAAAUGCCAGACAAUGCUCAGGCAUGUAAAAUUUCUGAUAGAGCAGAUAUUUUUUACACUUACUUAUCCUGCCAGGUAUGAAAGGGUGAAAAAUACAAGAUUUUGAUUGGGCUUGUAUUAUUUAUGCAAUUUUGAAGACAUCAUAUAAGGCUAAAAUAUUUGGAGUUUUUUGAGUAACCUUCAAUAUAAUUUUAUAAAUAUUUUGCAAGUUCCAUCAAGUCAAAUCAAUCGUAGUCAACAACAGCAUAUAACUGCUGAUCUCUGAAGAUUGAACUUCCAGGGAAAAAGUAUGCAAGGACAUGUUAAACUAUAGACACAUAGGUAAAUGUUUUAACUCUUCAGUGCACAUUCUAAUAUAAAAUGUAAGGCCUUUACACGAUAGAAAAAAAUAUUUUUAUUAAACUUAGCAUGAAAAAUAUAAUAAAAAUUAGGGAGUGAAGUUGUUGGGACAGAA